AGAUUAUAUUUAAAGAUCACUGUAAUUCCCAACAUUAAAACAUGAUAAUUUAUAGUUUUCAGUUAAAUAGAGAUACGUUUUAAAAGUCAAAAUAAGCUUUUAACUGUAGAAAACAAAGUAUAUUUAAUUCAACAGUUUUAUGUUUGGAAUAUCUGAAUGACAGCAAAUUGCAGUUAGCAUUAUUCUAUGUAUUCUUCAUAGUAAUAAAAUGCAUAAAAGGAAAUUUAUACCACAUUAAACUACCUUGUACAUUAAAAUAUUGACAGUAUUGUCUAAAUCUAUUAGCAUUUAAAAAAGUAUCAAGUUCUGAAUUUGCUUCAUUUUAAGAAUAAGAGGGUACUGAUAUAUCUUAUAUUCCUGUACCUUUGUAAUGAGGCAAUUACUACAUUGGAAUUGCUAUUAAAAUUAUAAUCUGUUUUUUUUUUAAAUAACAUCAUGUUUCAUCUACAUUUUAAUUAUCAAGUAAACAGUGACUUAGGCUUUCUGAUUAGGAACUUAUAUGAAUCCUUAUUUAUAUUAAUAUCCUUAAAUAUCCAUGGUACUUGAAGUAAAAAUGUUAAGGCCAUCCUUUUUAAAGUAACUUGUGAUAGUUUAUUCAGAUCACAUUUAUUAGUCAAAUUUUGAUGUAAUUAUGGGGCUCUGAUUAUAAAUUGCACUAAAGUUGAAAGAGAAGUUUAAUAGGUUUUUCUCAAAUAGUUUUUUUCUGAAAACCUAAUCUUCACUUUAGAUUUACAUUUAAAAAUUUGACUACAGAUUAUUAUAAUAUUCUCAGAUAUGUGUACUUGAUAUUGAUUCAAUGUUAAUUUUAUUCUUAUUGACAUAUGACAAUGACUUAAUAAGAAAAAAAGGUGCAGCUGAAAAUUUGAUAUAGGAAUAAAGAUCCAAGGGACAGUAACUUAAUUUGGAAUAAUGACUUUUAGAGGCGAAAGUUAUUAGUUCAGCACUUAGAUGUUAUAUAACAAGAACAAAGGAAAAUGUCCCAAAUUUCAUUAUUCUAAGAUUUCAAGUAUCAAAAAGUGAUGUCGCUGUUCAUAAACACUGAAAGAAUUUUAAAUGUAUUUCAGAAAAAUUUCUAAAAAUAUCAUAAGUAAGUUCCUGGUAAUAUUAUUUUAAAAAUUUACACGCACAAUAUCCUAGAAUAAGGUGAACUUUAGUGGCCAAAGUGUUUUAUUUUAAAGCUCCAGUAUUCAUUUACAAAUAUUUAAUAAUAAAAACAUGAGCUGAUAAAUUGUUUUAAAUGAAAAGAUGUAAGGUUAUUGGUGCAUAUUUCUAUUUUCCCAAAAUCUAAUUGUAAUAUAUUUGUGACCAUUGCUAAAGGACAGUAUUGAAUUACAUACUCUUAAGUGAGAGUGUACAGUCUUUAAAAGACAUAAUUGAAAGUGAUUGCAUUGAAUAAAUUGCAAAUGAAUAUAUAGCCUAUUUUGGAAAUCAAUGAAGAAUCUACAAUCUACAGCAUUAGCCACAUGAUGUCGCUGUAUACCACAAAGUCUUGUCAAUGUUAAGGUAUAGAUCACCAAAAACUAAGGGAGGAAGCUCCAUUUUGUUACAGCCUGAGAGAAGACAAAAACAGGAGACAUAUUAUUCAAGAUAUAAAGUAAAGAAAGCAUGAUUUUGAAGUGAGAGCGGUACCAAAGGUGUAGUGGUUUUGCGAUGCUGUUUCCUAGGCAAGGAGGCAAGGGAGCCCAGCGCCUGCUGCUCUUCGUUUUGCUCCUCGCAGCCUGGAAGACUGGGAGUGGUCAGGUCCACUACUCGGUCCCGGAGGAGGCCAAACACGGCACCUUCGUAGGACGCAUCGCGCAAGACCUGGGGCUGGAGCUGGCAGAGCUGGUGCCACGCCUGUUCCGGGUGGUGUCCAAAGGCCGUGGGGACCUUCUGGAAGUAAAUCUGCAGAAUGGCAUUUUGUUUGUGAAUUCUCGCAUCGACCGCGAGGAGCUUUGCGGGCUGAAUCUGGAGUGCAGCAUCCACCUGGAGGUAAUUGUGGACAGACCGCUGCAGGUUUUCCAUGUGGAGGUGGAGGUGAAGGACAUUAACGAUAACCCACCGGUUUUCAGAGGGAGAGAACAAAGGUUAUUUAUUCCUGAGUCUAGACUGGUGGAUUCACGUUUCCCGAUAGAGGGUGCUGCUGAUGCGGACAUUGGGACCAAUGCUCUAAUAACUUACACCCUCAGCCCCAAUGAUUAUUUCUCUUUGGAUGUACAGGCAAGUGAUGAACUGAGUAAGUCACUUUCACUUGAAUUGAGGAAAUCUUUGGAUAGAGAAGAAAUACCAGAACUUCGUUUAUUAUUGACGGCCACUGAUGGGGGCAAACCAGAGCUGGAAGGUACAGUUCAGCUGCUGAUCACAGUGCUGGACGUUAAUGAUAAUGCCCCAUUGUUUGCCCAGGCUGUGUAUAGAAUCCAUUUAUUAGAGACUACAGCAAAUGGAACAUUAGUGACUACAUUAAACGCCUCUGAUGCCGAUGAAGGUGUAAAUGGCGAAAUUGUCUUUUCCUUCGGCAGUGAUGUUCCCCUAAACAUUCAAAAAAACUUCAAAAUUGAUUCCAGCUCAGGAGAAAUUAGGCUAAUUGGUAGACUGGAUUAUGAAGAAACAAAAUCUUAUGAAAUUCAUGUAAAAGCAGUUGAUAAAGGAAGUCCUCCAAUGUCAAAUCACUGCAAGGUUUUAGUGAAAGUGCUAGAUGUAAAUGAUAAUGCUCCACAACUGGCAGUCACAUCUCUGUCUUUGCCAGUCAGAGAGGACACUCCACUCAGCACCGUCAUUGCUUUUGUUUCCGUGUCCGACCGCGACUCCGGUGUCAACGGGCAGGUGACCUGCUCACUAACACCCCAUGUCCCCUUCAAGCUGGUGUCCACCUUCAAGAAUUACUAUUCGCUGGUGCUGGACAGCGCCCUGGACCGCGAGAGCGUGGCGAACUAUGAGCUGCUGGUGACCGCACGGGACGGGGGCUCGCCUUCGCUGUCGGCCACGACCAGCGUGUCCGUGGAAGUGGCCGACGUGAACGACAACGCGCCGACAUUCGCGCAGGCCGAGUACACGGUGUUCGUGAAGGAGAACAACCCUCCCGGCUGCCACAUCUUCACGGUGUCCGCGCGGGACGCGGACGCGCAGGAGAACGCGCUGGUGUCCUACUCGCUGGUGGAGCGGCGGGUGGGCGAGCGUGCGCUGUCGAGCUACGUGUCGGUGCACGCGGAGAGCGGCAAGGUGUACGCGCUGCAGCCGCUGGACCACGAGGAGCUGGAGCUGCUGCAGUUCCAAGUGAGCGCACGCGACGCAGGCGUGCCUCCGCUGGGCAGCAACGUGACGCUGCAGGUGUUCGUGCUGGACGAGAACGACAACGCGCCCGCGCUGCUGCCGCUGCCUGGGGCGGGCGGCGCGGGCGGCGCGGUGAGCGAGCUGGUGUGGCGGUCGGUGGGCGCGGGCCACGUGGUGGCGAAGGUGCGCGCGGUGGACGCCGACUCGGGCUACAACGCGUGGCUGUCGUACGAGCUGCAGCCGGCGGCGGGUGGCGCGCGCAGCCCGUUCCGCGUGGCGCUGUACACGGGCGAGAUCAGCACGACGCGCAGCCUGGACGAGGCGGACUCGCCGCGCCAGCGCCUGCUGGUGCUGGUGAGGGACCACGGCGAGCCGGCGCUGACGGCCACGGCCACCGUGCUGCUGUCGCUGGUGGAGAGCGGCCAGGCGCCCAAGGCCUCGUCGCGGGUGUUGGCGGGCGCCGCCGGCGCGGAGACGGCGCUGGUGGAUGUCAACGUGUACCUGAUCAUCGCCAUCUGCGCGGUGUCCAGCCUGCUGGUGCUCACGCUGCUGCUGUACGUGGCGCUGCGGUGCUCGGCGCCGCCCAGCGAGGGCGCGUGCGGGCCGGGGAAGCCCACGCUGGUGUGUUCCAGCGCGGUGGGGAGCUGGUCGUACUCGCAGCAGAGGCGGCAGAGGUGUGCUCUGGGGAGGGUCCGCCCAAGACCGACCUCAUGGCUUUCAGCCCCAGCCUACCUCAAGUUCCAGGCUCCGCAGAUGAAAGACAACAACCCUCAGAGUCAGAACACUUAGGAAAGCCACGACAGCCCAACCCAGACUGGCGUUACUCUGCUUCCCUAAGAGCAGGAAUGCACAGCUCUGUGCACCUAGAGGAGGCUGGCAUUCUACGGGCUGGGCCAGGAGGGCCU